AUGAAAUAUUUCAUAAAUAAUCUAUCAUUACCAAUAAUAACUAUUAGAAAUUCGUCUACUAUAUUUCCAUUAAUUCUAGUUUUUAUAUGUGGUUUUCUUCUUGGUUCAAAUUUUCAUGAAACAAAAAGUAAAAUACGUAUUCUAUUUUCGUCAAAUAUGAAAUUUAAUCAAGGAUCAUCAAUAAACAAUAAAAAAUUGCUACAAACAUCGUUCGAUGGAUAUAAUUCCACACAUCUCUGGUCGAUACGUCUAGCUGAUGACAAUUAUUUUCGUCUAGCAACUCUUUUACCAUGUCGUACUGUCAAUUAUAGCGGUGGACCAGAUAUUAAUAACAUUGAUUCAUGUGAUCAUUCAGCAACAAAUGAAUUUUCACUACCGAAUAUAUUACAAGCACAAAAAUGGCUUUAUGAACAUCAACAUCCAAUGGAUUGUACGAAUAAACGUUUUGCUAUUAUUCAUACUUUUGCUUGGUCUGGUUUUGGAUCUACUGUUCAUCAAAUUGUAUGGGCAUUUGGCAAGGCAAUAGCGGACAAUAGAAUUGCUGUAUAUGAAACACCAGGAAAUUGGCUUUAUGGAGCUUGUAAUACAGGCACACCCGAUUGUGUUUUUCUUCCAAUAACUAAUUGUUCAAUUCCAUCGAAAGUCGAUGGCAAUCAAACAAUUAAAAUCAUUGCUAAUAUUGGUCAUUGGGUUAACGCUACUCGUCCACGCAUUUUUCAAAAUCGAACUUUUAAUUGGUAUCGUGCACAGUUAUUAUUUUAUUUAAUGCGAUAUAAAUCUGAAACAUUAAGUCAUGUUCAGAAUACCAUAGCAAAAUCUUUUAAACCACCUUUCAUUGAUCUUCAUCAUCCAUAUAUUGCUGUAUAUGUCCGUCGGUCAGAUAAAGUUCGAAAUAGAGAAAUGUCUCAAGCAUAUGCACUUAAACAAUAUUUUGAUUUAUUUGAUGCUGACGCUCGACAAGCAAAUAUAUCAACAGUUUAUAUUAAUUCCGAAGAUGAACAAGUAUUCAAUGAAUUUAUUCAAAUAAAUAAAGAAAAGCAAGGUUAUUAUAAAUUAUUAAAUAUAACUGUACAGAGAAAUGUUGUUUUUGCAUCAUUAACUCGCAUGACAAGAGAACAACGUGGAAAAAUCGUAUUAGAAUUUCUGAGUGAUUUAUUUAUUGAAGCUAAUGCAGAUUUACAUGUUGGUACAUUAUCCUCAAAUUGGUGUCGAUUGGUUGAUGAAAUACGACUUGUGCUUGGAAAAAAAAUACCUUAUUAUACACCGGAAAAAGUAUUUUUCAUAGGUAUGGGAUGA